CAUAAACUACCUUGUUCAAGAGUAGUGUAAGGAGUUGCUUCCGAAAAGACAGCAUUUGAAGUUAAGAACGCUACAAUGUCAGCUCCAGUGAAUCCAACUGCUCCACCGAGCUACAAUGAAGCAACUGUAAUGGAUCCAGCAUACCCACCACCACAGCCCCAAUAUCAGGGUCAGUACCCUCCCCAAGAGGCGUACCCACCAGGUACAGCAGCUUACCCCCCUGGUGAGGCUUAUCCCCCCGCUCAAGGAGCUUACCCACCGGGUGAAGCUUACCCACCUUCAUCUGGGUAUAGUGCACCCCCAGCACAAGCUCAACCCCCUGCUACAAGUUAUGUUGUAUCAGGUAGUGCAACAGGAGAUGUUGAGGGAGGAUUUACAGCAGCUAGAUCAUUGAGUGAUAAAGAUGUCAGACGCAAAUUCAUUAUGAAAGUGUACCUGAUAUUGACGCUUCAGCUGGCAGUAACAUUUGGAACUGUUUGCCUCUUCUUCUUUCUUGAGCCUGUGAGGACCUAUGUACUGAGCUCACCAGGCCUGUACUGGGCAUCAUAUGGUGUUUUCCUGGUUGUCUACAUUGUUUUGGCAUGCUGUGGAGAGUUCCGUCGCAAGACUCCUCAUAACUACAUCGCUCUUACUAUAUUUACAAUCAGCCUGUCCUAUUUAACAGGAACUAUAGCCUGUACUUAUUAUGAAACAGGCGGCCAAACAGUGCUGAUUGCUUUGGCAAUAACUGGCGGUGUGACUGUCGGUGUAACGCUGUUCUCAAUCCAGACCAAGUAUGACUUCACUUCAUGUGGUGGAUUCCUCUUCAUCUUCUCCUGGUCAUUGUUUCUCUUUGGUUUCAUUGCUAUAUUCACCUACAGCCAGAUUCUGUACACAGUGUAUGCUUGGCUGGCAGCUCUGCUGUUUACUUUGUUUUUGGCCUACGAUACCCAACUGCUCAUCGGUGGACGUCGCUUUGAGUUAAGUCCUGAAGAGUACAUCUUUGGCGCCCUCAACCUCUACGUUGACGUUGUGUAUCUCUUCUUGAUCAUCCUGUCAUUGGUUGGGGGAGGUAGUCGCUAGGAGACCAGAGACACCAGAGUCACGAUAGAUGCGUCUCCAGUAAUUCUAUGUCAUCCAUCCACCUACUAUGCUGGUUUAUAUUUUAGUGGUGAGAAAAAAUAUAUAGAGAUUUUGUUAAGAUAAAAACAGACUUCAGCUGUUUUCAUGUGGCAGAGUUCCUUUUGGAUAUUACAUUGAUGUGAUCUUAAACCGUGCAAACACAAUCAAGAUUUUUCUUUGAUUGAUCACAAACCAUAAUGGAGCCUCUGAAAUAAAAUACCCUCCGCCAACCCCACCCCUAAAAAACAAAAAAAACAACAACAACAAAACAAACUGUUAAACGUAUUUUACACAUUUUAUAAUUUUCAAGAAAAAACCCCGCCUACAUUAGCAGUCCACUUUGGUACAUAUUGCUUUGACUAGUUGAAAACUCUGUUGUUUCAAAUCCAGCUUGAAAUUACAAAUGCUUUUCAUAGACCAUCUUGUCGGAUCCAAGGCAACGUGCCCCUUUAAAGUCACCUGGAAACAUAAUUUUUUUAUACGGCACGAAUAACAGAGCUUGGUACCCAACCUCCUGGAUUGGCUGUAAAACACAACACAUACCAGUUGAUUAGUUUCAAAACAUUGGUUUUUCAAACAUAAUUAUGAAUAAUAAAACAAUUUGUUUAGUAAUUGUUUGUCAUGAUUUAUAUGUUAAAAAAA